CACACCCGCUACACGAACCCUAUCAUACCUCGCUUCGGCCCGGUAAAAUUCGUAUGUUUCGACGAACAGCACUAACAACACAUCGAUUAUCUCUACUUCGGCAUCUCUGUCUCUCACAAAGUUCUUUUAAACCCCCCCAGUCCCACUCGCUUAGAAUGUCACACCAAACACCACUCGAUUUUAGCUCAGGACCCAUGGUUUGGAUUGACUGCGAAAUGACCGGACUCGAUCCUAGAAGGGAUAAAAUCUUGGAAAUUGCAGUACUGAUCACAAAUGGUAACCUGGAGCUUGUCGAUCAACGAGGCAUCCAGUUCGUUAUUAGGACUGACAAGGCAAUUUUGGAUUCUAUGGACGAGUGGUGCAGAACCCAACAUGGAAAGUCUGGUCUAACGCAAGCCUGCAUUACAUCGCCUCACACAAGAGAGCAUGUUGCAAAAGCUGUUUUGGAGUACAUCAAGAAAUGGGUGCCGCAAAAGCGGACUGCGGUUCUAGCUGGAAACUCAGUUCAUGCAGACCGAUCAUUCUUGGUUGAGGAGAUGCCCGAAGUUAUUGACUGGCUCCAUUACCGGAUUGUUGAUGUCUCAUCAAUAAAAGAAUUGUGUCGUAGAUGGUACCCAGACAAUCAAGUCCCGAAGGAUCCAUUGGCCGGAAAGCAUAGAGCUUCUGAUGACAUCCUGGAUUCGAUUCAAGAAUUAUCAUGGUAUCGCCAAAAUAUCUUCGUUCAAACUGUGUCUAGGAAGACACGUUAAUAAGUACAUGUUCCAAGCAAUAGACCUUUCAUAAUGCAUAUGCCGGGACCCGCCACUCCUGUCUAGGAGCCCGCUCUGUCCAAAGCGGCUUCGAGACAGGACCCGUACCGUCUUCACUAGUUGAUAUCAUGAUAUCACUUCCGUUGUACCCAGUUCUCUCGACAAGGCUGCGCUCACUGUGAGAGUGAUGGAUUUAAUGCGAUGGGAACACCACUGAGUGAAAUGCUUACCGCCAUCCGUGUCCUUGAUAACAAUAUCGCCUUUGUAAGCCAGUGCUCGGGGCCUUGUAACCACAAGUUCUGCGUGCAGCCCUGG